AUGGAGACGUUUCGCCGGGGGCUGGACCUGUAUCUCAAGUAUCGCAGUGCCCUGGGCUAUGGCCUGGCAACCCUGCUGACAAUAGGCGGGGAGAGCAUCUUCUCCAAAGUGGUGUUCGAGUGCCCCUGCAAGGACACCUGGAACCUGGCCUAUGGUUUGGUGUUCCUGUUGGUGCCGGCUGCGGUGCUUUUAAUCCUGGGUUACCUGGUGAGAACACGAACCUGGCGCCUGUUGACCAACUGCUGCAAGCAAGGCUGCUGCCCUGAAAGCUGUAACACUUGCUGGCUGAAUAGCUGCUACUUCUUGGAGCUUAGCUGUUCGGUCUUUUCUUUGCCACUCACAUGGAUGGCCGUGGCGCUGCUCGAAGGUACCUAUUAUGUAUGUGCUGGCAGCGGGAGCAGCAUAAUUGCAAAGCGCCUCUGCUCUACUGUCUCUGUCAAUGUCACCGACUGCAUGACCCAGAUGCCCCUGGUUCCCUGCAAGGAUUCAGAACUAUUACCCGAAUUGCAGGCAUUUCCAAAGGUUCUCAAGGCUGAAUCACAGAUGCUAGGCUGGUUCCUGAUUGCGUUAGUUAUUGUCUUCUUUAUGAUUGGUGCAAUUGUUUCUCAGUGCUGCUCUCCUAUGAGUUUUCAACAGCGGAAAUUUUGGAAAAUCUAUAUGAAACAGGAAGAGGAGACCUUUAAAAACAAAGCAGAAAAUCAUGCUAAAGAAUUAUCCCAAAAGACUGUUGAAUGUUUCUUUAGUCCAUCUCCAAAUGAAGAGAACAAAAUACUUUACACCCCAAGCUAUAAAAACUGGGAGAAAAUUUCAUCACUAUACACUUUUGAAAAAGAAAAAAAUUGCUACAGUUUAUUGCACAAAAGUGCUAUGGAGUCUGUGCGUAACAACAAAUCUAAACAGGAAAAUACUUCGGUGCUGAGCAAUAGAACAGCAGGAAAACCAAAGGCUGUCCAGAAAGGAAGACAGCAAAAGAGCUUAUGGAAUGAAACAAGGAAGGAGACAUAA